AUCACCUGAAUCUGCUGAAUCCCAUGAUUCCUGACUGAGACAUUGCCAUUUCGUGUCAAUCCAAUCUUAUACUACUAAAAACGGAUCAAAAACCAAAACUACCAUUAAAAUAGCAGCAUCCCACAAUCACAAAAGUACCAUUAAUUGCACAUGCGGAGAAAUUCGUCAGAAAAAAAUCACAAGAAACUGAAGCCAAUAUUUUUGUACGUGGGAUUCUGAAUAGAAUUAAUGGCGGUGAUCGAGCACAAAUCGUACGCUAGAGUUGGUCUUUUGGGCAAUCCUAGCGAUGUUUAUUAUGGAAAAACCUUAUCUUUCAGCCUCGGCAACUUUUGGGCUUCAGUUCGGUUGGAACCUUCUAAAGAUCUCCUCAUUGUACCGCAUCCUACUCAUGAUCUUGUCCGGUUCAAUUCCAUUACUCACCUGGUGAACCGGUUGCAGAGUGAGGGUUACUAUGGAGGUGUGCGUUUACUUAUGGCAAUUUGUAAGAUUUUUCACAAUUUUUGCAAGGAUAACAACAUUACUCUAUGUGAGGGAAAUUUCACUAUCUCCUAUGAUACUAACAUUCCCCGACAGACAGGGCUUUCGGGUUCCAGUGCUAUUGUAACUGCUGCAUUGAAUUGUCUUAUUGACUUUUAUGAAGUCAGACAUCUUAUCAAAGUUGAGGUAAGGCCGAACCUGGUCCUUAAUGCAGAGAAAGAACUUGGAAUUGUAGCUGGUCUGCAGGAUAGAGUGGCACAGACUUAUGGAGGCCUCGUAUACAUGGAUUUUAGCAAGAAACACAUGGAUGAAUUUGGUCAUGGCAUAUAUACACCCAUGGAUAUUGCUCUUCUCCCGCCUCUUUACCUCAUCUACGCUGAGAAUCCCAGUGAUUCUGGAAAGGUCCACAGUACAGUUCGACAGAGAUGGUUAGCAGGUGAUGAGUUCAUUAUAUCAACAAUGGAGGAGGUCGCAAACAUAGCUGUAGAAGGACAAAAGGCUCUUCUUGCGAAGGAUUAUGCUAAGCUAGCAACCCUCAUGAAUCAAAAUUUUGAUCUAAGAAGGCAUAUGUUUGAUGACGAUGCCCUUGGAGCUGUGAAUAUAGAGAUGGUUGAGGUGGCUCGAAGGAUAGGUGCUGCAUCAAAGUUCACAGGAAGCGGUGGGGCUGUGGUUGUAUUCUGUCCGGAUGGGCCUUCACAAGUGAAGCAACUCGUGGAUGCAUGCCAAGAAGCUGGUUUUGUUUGUGAGCCAAUUAAAGUCAUGCCUUCGUUUUUAAAUGAUAUUGAUCUUCAAACUCUGGCCUCAAAGUGAAAAUGGUAGCAGGUUCUCCAAUUUGGACCAGUUAUAUUCUUUCACCUUGUAGUGCAUACUACUAAUACAGAGCAUCAUUUUUUUCCCUGUAAAAGAACAUCUUGAGGAUUUAUGCAUCUAGAUAUGCGACUUGUAUGGUCCGAUCCAUUGAAAACACAAACGAGAUCAAACUUUUGAUAUUUCCGUCUG